AUGAAACAAGACGAAAGCGUGGUGACAAUCAUAACUAUCCCAGAAAAGGAAAACCAUGUGUUCUUGGGAGCUUCAGUAGCAAUCGCGGUUUCUACAGAACCGGCACACAUGGAGGAGGAGCGUGACGAUAACCCGGCAUCUUCUCUGCGGUCCGAGGGAGAAAGGCAGGAAGAAACCCGGUCGCAGGGCGCGGUAGUUGCUCCCGACGAAGGGCAGGAUGAGCAACAGCAGGUGAACGAGGCCGGUGCUUGUACCGCCGACCUUGCCAAACAAGGGUCAGGUGAUGCUCAGGCAGCCCCUCAGGUGGUCAUGCAGCCAGCAUCGGGGGAAGAAGACGAACAACAGCAACACGUGGUUCUGGUUCAAGAAACUGGUUCUGCUUCCGGUACCACUCAAUCGGCUUCUCCUGCUCAUGUCGUGAUGCCGGAGGAGGAGCGAGAAGAAGAACACAGUCGUACAAACGAUGAUCCGAUGCCGUCUGUGCUUCCGCAGAACGAGGGUGACCUCGCUCCGCUCUUGCCACCGCAGGAGGAGGACCCCGAGGCGUCGGUGAUGCCAUCGCAGCCUGAGGCCGAAGCCGACAUCGCUCCGGUGUCACAGGGAUGCGCUGUCGUGACGGAGAACGCGCCCCGCGUGGCCGGGGAGCCUGGAGCUGCGGGAAAACUAGAGGCGGCGGCGGACGUCGGGUUCGGCGAGGAGAGGACCGUCGCCGUGCCGGGGCAUGCCGGGUUGGUCGUGGACGAAGAAACCAGGAGUCUCGUGGAGGGAAGCAAGUACCUUCGGUUCGAGGACGACGAGAGGACCGUGCUGUGCACCCUCACGGGCAAGAAGCUGGCCCCGGACUACAUAGGCAUCCUCAAGUACAUGGGCAGCAGGAGGGUGCAGCAGCUCGUCGUUGAAGGACCCGUAUCCAUGUCGGACUUGGGAAAGCAAGGAACACCUGGAGGGCAAACCGACCAGUGGAAAUGA